UUGACUUUGCUCCCUCAUGAUGAUGCCGUAUGGCUGAGGGGACCGUGCCGAAGCUCACAGUUUCAUCCGCCGUCAUGUCGACCUAUAUCCUGGGUCUAGACGUGGGAACCACCUCGGUGAAAGCAGUUUUAAUAGAAACUGACUCCAGAGCGGUGGCUGCGGCUCACGCUUUGCCUACUACGUCCGAUAUAAUCGACAGUAGCGGGAUCAAGGCCAAAGAGCAGGACACUGGUCGGAUCAUAGACGCUCUGAAUCGGUGCAUCGGCCUCCUGCCCAGAGACAAACUGCAGCAUGUCAGCAGCGUCGGGCUGUCCGGACAGAUGCACGGGGUUUUAUUCUGGAAAGCAAAGAGCGGUUGUGAUUGGUCAGGCAGAGACUUCUUCACAGCCAGAGACACCAGUCAGCUGAUCACUUGGCAGGAUGGGCGCUGCAGCAGUGACUUCCUGUCUUCUCUUCCAAAACCAGACUCACAUCUCAGUGUAGCCACGGGGUUUGGCUGUUCAACAAUCUUCUGGUACAUGAAGCACAGGCCUGGGUUUCUUGAGAACUUCACAGUUGCGGGUACCAUCCAGGACUAUGUGGUGUCCAUGCUGUGUGGUUUGGAUGAGUGUGUGAUGACACCUCAGAACGCUGCAAGCUGGGGUUUCUUCAACACUUCCUCUAAUCAGUGGAAUAUAGGCAUUCUGAAGGGUGCUGGCUUCCCUGUGACCCUCCUUCCUCAGUGUGUGCCAUCUGGUGCCUUGGCAGGACAGACGUGCUCUGUCUGGCAUGGUAUUCCUGCUGGGACGCCUGUAGGGGCCGCCCUGGGAGACUUCCAGUGCUCCGUCUACUCCUGCAUGAGUUCUCAGACAGAUGCAGUUCUUAACAUAAGCACCUCAGCCCAGCUGACCUACGCCAUGCCAGCUGACUUCAAACCUCCAGAUUCUCCUCAGCCUGCCUCCUCCAUCUCCUACUUCCCCUACUUUGACUCCUUGUACCUGGCGGUGGCGGCGUCGCUCAAUGGAGGGAACGUACUCGCCACUUUUGUGGAGAUGCUCACUGCUUGGAUGAAAGAGCUCGAUGCUGAGCUGAGUGAUUCGUGUUUAUAUGAGAAGCUGAUUGGUUGUGCCUUGAAGCAGGAAACCAGUGACCUGACAGUGAGUCCUAUGAUCCUGGGAGAAAGACACAACCCUCACUGCCUUGGUCAGGUGACCAACAUCUCUGCCUCCAAUCUCACUCUGGGUCAUGUGACUAGGGCGCUGUGUCACGGAGUCCUGGACAACAUCACCUCCAUGAUGCCUGCCGAGCGUCUUCAGCAGGGGGGGGUCAGCAGGAUUGUGGGCAGUGGGAGCGCGCUCUCUCGUAAUGAGGUGCUGAGGCAGGAAGUGGAGAAAGUGUUUCCUCAGCCUGUGGUAUAUGGACAGAACGCAGACUCUGCUGUCGGCGUGGCCAUGGUCCUCUGUGACCGGCUUUGACUGAG